UGUGAGAGAGAGACAGAGAGCAACAAGAAGACCAGAAAACAUAAAAAUAUAGCAAACAGGACUUUUGAAUGGGAUUUACGAACUGAUUGAUCAUAGGAUUCAGAUCUCAGAGAGAUGGAGCCGCUGUUUGCCAGAGCUCUUUAUGACAACACAGCCGAAACUGAGGAUGAACUGGGUUUUCACAAGGGUGACAUCAUCAGGGUGCUAGAGAAAAACGUGGCCGGGAGCAUCGGCUGGUGGAAGUGUUCUCUUCAUGGACGUCAGGGCCUGGCACCAGCGAACCGCCUGGCUCUGCUUUCCCCAGCAGAGGCUGAGAAAGUCUGUAUGAACUUAGGCACAGAGAAGGACUACUUGAGCGAUCAUAGUUUUCAGAACAUUUAUCAAACUCCUAAAGCUAACAGGCAACCAGUGAUUCCGAUUUAUGAAGAAAUGAGCACAAUAUAUAAAGUUCCCCUUCAAGCCGCCCCUUCACCAGAUAAGCACACAGCGCAAAAGGAUGUAGAUAGAACCAGGUCUUCUCACAAUACUUUACCUGCCAGAUGUGGUGCAGAUAUAUAUGAUGUCCCAAGCCUGGUGAGAAAACCCACUUUGUUCAGACCUUCUACACUGCAGCCUUUGGAAAGGAAAACAUCAGUGACGUCAAGCACAGACUUUCAUAAUAGAUAUGAACUGCUGCACAGUGUGAGAUGCGCCACUUCAAUCAAGAAAAAAGUCGCCGCAAUACCCCCACUGGCUUCCCAAGACCCCAACUAUGACAUCCCAGUGCCUUCCAUCAGUGAGGAUCUAUGUGGUUUUAGUACCAUGCCGAAACCCUGCAAGUCUGAAUGGAUUUAUGACGUGCCUGUUUUCCCUCAAAAACAAGGAAGUGAACUUUGCUACUUCGGCACCAUGCCACCCAAAACUCUGAAUUCAGACCAGCCACUUUAUGACACUUUGCCAAAUCACAGUUGGCCUGAAAGGAAGCACAGUCCCGUUCAGCCCCUCUAUGACAUCCCCAAACCGAGCAAUGCAUUGAUACAGUCUUGUACAGACACUAGGUAUUCAACAAACACAUGCAUCUAUGAUGUCCCACCUUGCCCUAAACAAACAGAAAGCUCUGUAGUGUUACCCAGACAGCAAAGUCCUCCUGAAACGGAUUCUAAAACAAGCCACGAAUCCAUUGAAUACAGGGAUAAACCUGGACCUAUGUCUGAACAACUUCGUCAUUGGCCCUCAAGGGGCAGGACAGUGUCCAGGCAGCCUGGGGAAGGAACGAUUAGAAGAAAUGAUGAGAACAACAAAGACCACCAGAGAAGUUCAACUGUGUCCACCUCCUCCACGGCUUCCAGCUCCUCCAGGAGCUCAUGCGACUCCUUCAUGCUGAGUUCUCCUGAACCUGAGCCCUUGCGUGAGGUCACACUUUCACAGGAGGAAGCCAGCAGCAGGUUGCUUGAGCUGCAAGAAGCGGUGUGCCAAUCCGUGCCCAAGCUUAUGCUGUUCGUCAGCAGCCAAUGGAGAAUCAAAAAGCAUCUGAGUCCGCACCUCCAUCAGAUCCGCACGGCCACCGAAGAUGUGACUGACUCCGUCACCUGCUUCUUAAACUUCGCCUUGGAUGUCAGAGGUAAUGCGCAGCGGCUGACAGACUGUAACCUGCAGGCCAGGCUCCUGAAGCAGCUCUCCAUCGUUGAAGACUCGGGCUUGAUCCUUCAGCAGGCCGCAAGUGCUCUGCGAGAUCUAGGCUGGAUACUGGAUACGCUAGCUCAGGAUGCAGGCCAGUCACAGACGCCUGACCACCUGGAGCGCUUUGUUAUGGUGGCCCGAACCGUGCCAGAGGAUGUGAAGAGGCUGGUGUCCAUUCUGAUUGCAAAUGGAAAGCUUCUUUUCAAAGUGCCCGUUAAGGAACCAGGGGUGGAGAAUAUAACCCCGUCUGAAAGAAGAAGUCAGAACAGAAGUGAAACACUGGUAGAUUCAGGAAUAGAUGAAAGUGACUAUGUACAACUUCAGACAAAGCCAGAGUUUGACCAACAACCAAAACCAGCCAAAAGCAGUUUUAAAUCAAAGAGGAAUGGUGAUACCUUGAAAAAACAGGUUUCCCAGUCACAAUCAGUUAACCCCUGCAGUCCAGUCCAGACCUCCAGGAAUCCCUCCAUCUCUGACCACUGCCGGCUGUAUUUUGGAGCUAUUCAGAAGGCCAUCAGCGUGUUUAUAAGUAGCCUGAAUGAUGGCCAGCCCCCUGAAAAGUUCAUCUCCGACAGCAAGCUGGUCAUCAUGGUAGGCCAGAGACUCGUGAACACACUGUGUAGUGAAGCUAAAAAUCGAGAGGCCUGCCAGGAAAUGUUGUCUAUGAGCAAUCAGCUGUGUUCCCAGCUCAAGCAACUGGCCCUUGUGACCAAGAAUGCCGCUUUGAACUUCCCUGAAAAACCGGCUCUCCAGGAGGCGCAGGACACUGCCAAAGAGUUGGCUCAAAGGGCACAACACUUCAGAAUGUCACUGGACAUCUAAGCAGCAGUUUUGCCAUCUGGUGGUGGCGACGGUGAAGACAACAUGGUAUAUGUGAAAUAUCUCAAUUUGUGUGAUUUGUAUGUGGGUCUAAACCGGCCACUCUUAAAACAAGCUCCAUAGAUUAUUUUGUUUAAUGUGUUAGUCUGAAUGAAGAGGCAGUGUUUAAGGUAACAAAUGGACUUACAAUUAUAACCUCAAAAAAUGACAUUGAUGUGUUUACAUGCACAGUAUGCUAAUGCAAGAAUAAAAGCUUUUGUACAAAGUCGGUAAAGGUGUUUACAUAUAGAUAUUAAAAAUGUGUUGAAAUCAGGUUUUGCUUUCAGUGUUUAAAAAUGUUACCUGAUCAAAGAACAUUGUUUAAAGUGUUUGCAUGGUUUUUUAAACAAUAUCAUUGUAUGAUUGUGCAUGUAAACACAUAAAGACAAAGCAGAAAACAUGCUAGUUGCUGUGUAGAUGUUAAAGUGACAGUUCACCCAAAAAAUGACAGUUGUGACCCUGGACUAAGAUUUCCAUUGAUGUAUGGUUUGUUAGGAUGGGACAAUAUUUGGCCGAGAUACAACUAUUUGAAAACCUGGAAUCUGAGGGUGCCAACAAAUCAAAAUACUGAGAAAAUCGCAUUUAAAGUUGUUCAAAUGAAGUUUUUAACAAUGCAUAUUACUAACCAAAAACUAGGUUUUUAAAUAUUUAUGGUAAGAAAUGUACAAAAUAUCUUCAUGGAACAUCUUUACUUAAUAUCCUAAUGAUUUUUGGCAUAAAAAAUCGAUAAUUUUGACCCAUAAAUGCUACAAAUGCUACAAAUAUACGCGUGCUACUUAAGACUGGUUUUGUGGUCCAGGGUCACAAUUCGUUUUUGGACGACCUGUUAAAACAGUGAUACAGUAACAAUCUUAAACACGAUUUGUGCAUCUAUUAGUCUUUUUUUUGGUGUACUCACUCUGCCAAACCUCAGACUUUAAAUGACUUAAGCAAAAAUUGCACUUUUAUAAUGCCCGACACUGUAUGCAGAUUUUUGGUCGUAAUAAGUAGACAAAAUGUAUGUAGAUGAAUAUAGUUUGCGUUUCUUUUUGUACAAUAAUUGAAAACUCAGUGUUUGAGCAAAAUGUAAAUAUUUCCUCAAUACAGUUACUUUUUUUGUAUAAUUUGUCAGUUUUCUAGUUUUCAAUAUUCUUCCACACACUGUAAGAAUGUAGUAUUCUGUUUUUUCCACAUAUAAAUAUCUGUGAAAAUAUUUCUUCUUGACACAAAUAAAAUGUUACUUACCAACAGUUUCUGACUGUUCAAUGUGUAAAUAGUGAGUUUAAUAUGUUAUAGUCUCAUAGUUAAAGGGAAUGAAAAUUCUGUCAUAAUUCGCUCACCAUAAUGUUGCUUUAUGUUUGUAUAACUUUCUUUUUUUGUGGAACACAAGAAGAUAUUUUGAAGAAUGUUGUUAAAGGAGAAAUUCACUUCCAGAACAAAAAAAUACAAU